AUGGCAUCGUCGUCGUCGCCUUUACCUCGCCGAAUCAUAAAAGAAACCCAGCGUUUGCUCCAAGAACCGGUGCCGGGAAUUACGGCGAUUCCGUCCGAGGAGAACGUGCGGCACUUUCAAGUGUCCAUCGAAGGGCCGUCGGAUUCGCCGUACGAAGGCGGGAUUUUCCAUUUGGAACUUUUCCUACCGGAAGGGUACCCGAUGGACCCACCGAAAGUUCUGUUCAAGACAAAGAUAUAUCACCCGAACAUCGAUAAACUCGGGAGGGUGUGCUUGGACGUGUUGAAGGAGAAGUGGUCGCCGGCGUUGCAGAUUCGGACGAUAUUGUUGAGCGUGCAGGCGCUGUUGUCGACGCCGAACCCGGACGAUCCUUUGGACGAGAGGAUUGCGAAGCACUGGAGGGAUAACGAGGACGAGGCGUUGGCGAAGGCAAGGGAGAUGACGAAGAUGCACGCGAUGGGACAUAAGUGA